AUGUUUGCCCUCCAUGUCGGGACCUUCCUCAUCUUUGCUGCCUUCGCUCUUCUCAUUGUAGCGAGCAUCUCCGCACCCACCGUGGCCAAAAUAGACUUCCUCCAUGUGCCUCUUAAUAACGGGUCGUCUGUCCGUUUUGGCUCCCUUGGCUUCUGCAUAAUGAGUCCCGACGGCAACUCUUGCACACCUACUGGAGUAGGAUACCGGAUCGCUAAUGAAAUUUCCGCGAUCGGCAUUGACGCUUUCAAUAGCGCUCAAGCAGCAACCCUCCAUGGCCUCACACAGGCUUUGAUUCUCCACCAAAUAGCCGCCGGUGUUUCUGGCAUUGCACUCCUCCUUGCCCUUGGCUCGCACCGUAUCGGCUUCCUCUUUGCAUCAGCCGUUGCCUUCCUCGCCUUUCUCAUCGCUACCGCCGUCAUGAUCAUUGACUUCACCCUCUUCGGGACUGUGAAGCACCACGUUGACCGGAACGGCGGUAGCGCAACCUUUGGCAACGCGAUCUGGAUGGUCCUCGCGGCAGCCAUAACGCUCUUCUUUGCAUCCAUCGCAACAUGCUUUGCCUGCAUCACCGGCCGUCGUCGUACACGGCGGACCCGGGCCGCUACCGGCACAUAUUAA